AUGACUACCACGAAUUACACAAGAGAGGGCAGCGAGGGCAGCGAAAUUGCCAUGCAGGAGAACAUCUCUUCUCAUAGAAGAUCUGGCGCAGCCCGUAUCUCUAACAAGCAACAUGUCCGCCAUCGUGCCUCUGUUGCGUGUGCCUCGUGUCGGGAUCGGCGCAUUCGCUGCGUUGUGCCUCAAGGGCAAUCAGAGUGUAACCAGUGCCGCCGGGCUGGCACUGAAUGCAUCAUCAAGAAUGACGAUGAGCGCAGGCGCCCGGUUUCGAAGGCCUACAUGUCAUCACUGUCUGAUCGAAUUUCGCUUUUGGAGGCAAUGCUCAAGGAAAAGGGGGUGAUACCACCGCCAGCGUGCCACCCGCCAAAGACAAAGAAUGAAGCUCAGAGAAAGCCGGACGAGCAGCUAGAGAUGUCACAAAACAGUCAACAACAGUCUAGCUCGCAGCCGGUAGCGCCUCUUAACGCCAAUUCGCCAUCUCUUGGGGUCCCUUCGCCUCCGGACUCCGCAAACGGCUUUAUCAAAGCCGACACUGAUCAGAUUGAUGCUUCCACGACGGACAGCAGCCAGAUACUCAAGCCUCCCUACAAGGAGGAUUCACCACUCCGCAUGCUCGACUCGAAGCAAGAGAGCAUUGUUCACCGGCUGCUUUCAGCCAAGGAGAACCUCUCAUUUGACCAACUAUCUGGAAGACUCCGUUUCUUUGGGCCAACCGCCAACAGUCAUGUAUACGCUGAGUCACCGGACCAGCUGGACUCACGCGAGCCUCCAGAGCAAGUCCGUAGGGCUGAGAGAAUCAUUCGCUCCCUGAACCCGACAACUUACAGCUACUUGAUGAAUCACUUCUGGGAAUACUACAACAGCAUCAUUCCCAUCAUAGACAGGGGUGCAUUCGAGGCCGACCGUGACUCCCGGAAUCCAAAAUUCUACAGCUCUUUCCUCCACAUCGCUAUCCUAGCCAUGGGCUACCGUGGGUGCGACAAGAAUCGUGGUGAUACCAGGCGCAUCUCUCUGGGGAACCUUGAGAGCACACUUCACAGAGAGGCGAAGUAUAUGGUUGACAUUGAAAUCGAGCGCCCUGGCGGUAUUCCCAGUGUACAGGCCCUGCUUCUUCUCGGAGACUUGGAGUGCGGUGUGGGUAGAGACAACACCGGGUGGAUGUAUGCAGGAAUGGCAAAUCGCCUCGCCUUUGAUAUUGGCCUCCAUCUGAAUUGCAGAAACGAUGGCAUUUCCGAAAAGGAGGUACAUAUCCGCCAGAUGGUCAUGAAAGCCUGUGUCGUCUAUGACAAAUACUGGGCUCUGUUCCUCGGACGGCCGACCAGUAUCAAAAGCCAAGAUCUCGAUUUGGAACUGGUGUCUGACAGACUCUCAACAACUCACAAAGACCUUCCAACAACUUUUGAUAGAGAUGUCAACAUGGAGAUCUACGAGAAACUCAUUGAGCUUAUGGAACUUUCCGGGCGCAUUGUUGAAAUGCGGAGUCAUAAAUCAGUCAAGAAAACAACAACAGACAGUACCAACAUGUUUGCCAUGAACGAGGCCGAGGACAACGCCUAUCUCCACGUCAUCAAUCUAGACAGGAUGCUCCAGAACUGGUACCGACGCUUGCCUGAGCACCUGGCCUGGAGACCAGCAAACAUCAAGACAGCUCCGUAUGGCUUCUUUCUCCUCCACCAACAAUACCAUGUGACUAUGAUCCUGCUCCACAGAUCAUGGGCCAAGUAUGACUCCAUCGCUGGAGACAGUGCCAACAACAGCCCCCAGUCCAACCCAGAUUUCAGCCACAAAUCUACCUCCGCUGAGGCCUUGAAGACACAAGUUCCGGGUUUAGGAGAAUGCGAGAACACCCUCAGGGUGAAUGGCUCGAAUCCCAUGGUCCACGGCAGUCGGGCCUCCCUUUCUCGCAGUAUCUGCACACAACAAGCCAUCCGCGUGGCUCGUAUCUUCUGGCAGCACCGACAGCGCUUUGAUGGUCGCAAGAUCUUCGUGACCGGUAUCCAGCAUGCGGGCACAGCCGUUAUUGCCCUCAUUGCCGCACUGGCUAACCACUGCAAUGAGGCCGACCGCCGAACUUAUAUGGGCUACCUGGAGAUACUCAGUGGUGCACUUGCUGAUAUGAGCUACACUUAUCACCCUGCCGGGCGUAUGAAUGACCUUCUUGGGGCUGUCAUGGGUCAAAUCCGUCUUGGCCUGGGUGAAGCUGCCCAUAUUAUUGCCCGCGACCAGGUCUUUCCCUUCAAUAGCGUCCCUGGAUCAACAUCAAUGAGUGACAGCAACGAUGUGUCCAUUCCUGUCAUCCCUUCCGGACGCGAGUCUUCUGACGCGAACUCGGGCUACCCUUAUAAGAGGAUGCGAUCAAGCAACAGUAGAAGAGCCUCGGAGUUUGCACGGCCGCCUCCCCCCUUCUUCCAAACAACAGAAACGCCGCCAGGGAAUGGGCUCUCAGCGCUGAAGACGAGCAUUUUUGGCCAGGAGAUUUAUCGGCAUGAACAUUCACCAUUUGAUUCAACAUUUUUCCCCUUAGGGCUAGCAAAUGGAUCGAGCAUUGAUUUCAGUUUCCUCGACGAGUCUGCCGUCGACACCGACCCCAGUGAACAGCAGCAGCAGCAGCAUACGAGCCUCGUGACGCCAUCAUCUUCGGAUGUAUGGAGCUAUAGAAACUUUCACAGCGAUCAUCAAUCAGGAAGCCAGGGACUAGAAUCGGGUACUGGCGAGUACAGCCGUGGACCUGCGGGGCUUAGCGCCGGUUCGGUGAUUGGGCACGAUUCGGCCGACACAGCGGAAGCUAUGUUGACUACGAAUUUUGGCGUAUCCAAGGGAGGGAAUGAUAUCGCCUACGACAUAAUAGACUCUAAUACUCAUAUGAAGAUCAGCGGUGUGAGUCCAGUCAAUAUGGAUGGCUUGGUGCAAAGCGUGGAGGGGACGCCGGAUGGUGUUGGCGGCCAUGGUGAUGGCAGCCGCAACCGAAACUUGGACUUUUUCAGCUUCAACUGA